AUGGAGCCCAAGAAGAAGCCGAUUGCACCCUCUGAGCUGACCACACCCAAGAUCGUGCCUUUUGACCUUCUGCCUGAGACUGAGCCCUUUGACCUGAAGCCUGAGACAGAUGAAGUGAAACUGCCGGCCAAACUGAGUGUCAGCAAGUCGCUGAAAGAGUCCGAGGCGCUGCCGGAGAAGGAGGGCGAUGAGCUGGGAGAAGGAGAGCGGCCCGAGGAGGACACGGCAGCAGUUGAGCUGUCCUCGGAUGAGGCGGUGGAGGUAGAGGAGGUCAUUGAAGAGUCGCGUGCUGAGCGCAUCAAGCGCAGCGGCCUGCGUCGCGUGGAUGACUUCAAGAAGGCCUUCUCCAAGGAGAAGAUGGAGAAGACCAAGGUGCGCACCCGUGAGAACCUGGAGAAGACCCGUCUCAAGACCAAGGAGAACCUGGAGAAGACUCGGCACACCCUGGAGAAGCGCAUGAACAAGCUGGGCACGCGCCUGGUCCCAGCCGAGCGACGCGAGAAGCUCAAGACCUCUCGCGACAAGCUGCGCAAGUCCUUCACACCUGACCACGUGGUGUACGCACGCUCCAAGACCGCCGUGUACAAGGUGCCGCCCUUCACCUUCCACGUCAAGAAGAUCCGAGAGGGCGAGGUGGAGGUGCUGAAGGCCACUGAGAUGGUGGAGGUGGGCCCGGACGACGAGGAGGUCGGCGCUGAGCGAGGUGAGGCCACCGACCUGCUUCGCGGGAGCAGCCCCGAUGUGCACACGCUGCUGGAGAUCACCGAGGAGUCGGAUGCAGUGCUGGUGGACAAGAGCGACAGCGACUGAGCAGGACGCAAGACCGGCGCCUCGCCCUGCCGCUCCCCACCCCUGACACCACCCCACUCCUUUCCCUUUUCAAACUUUCUCUUUCGCAUUCUCUCUCAGCCCUGACCUGGUUGAGAUUUUUCUAAGUUGAAAACACCUCCUCUCAAGGAACACCCCUCCAAGUCACAGCUGUUAGACUGGAGGGGGAGGCAGCCCCCCCACCAUGGACACCCCCAAUUUGGACAUAGUCGGAAUGGAAAUGGGAAGAAAAGCCAUCUGUGCCUUGUUUGUCCAAUUUAGGGGAUUCUAGAGGCAAUUGCUAAUUCCACGGUUGGGCCCCAUGGCGGGGGUUGCCUGCCCCUCUGCACAGCACCCACUCCCAGCUGCAUCAUUCCUGCUCACUAAGCUCUUCCCCUUCCUUCUUAUCCUCAACCCCAGAGGCUCCAAAACCACAAUUACCAAGAGGAAAGCUCGAGCCCUAAAGAGGACCUUUGCCCACAUGGAAGGGAGGUCUCCUACCAGAAGACCUGAGGGUGUUUGGGGGAGGACCCUCAGGAGUGAGGAAGAAAGGCAGAGUGAGCCUUGACCUUGGAUGAGGGUCCAGCACAGGCUGUAUCCACAAAGAGCCCCAACAAGGAAGCCUGGAAGCAAGCAGAACCUGGGGCCAGAGGGCUGUGGAGAUGUGGAGAGCACGUAGCCGAGGGGGAGGGGCACGCUUACUUGUCUAUGCAUCUGCAUGCAGGAGCACUUGGCUAUGGCUUUGGGAAGGAGAAUGGAAAACUAGGAAAAGUGAAAAGAGAAGUGGCCUCAUUAGCGUCAUGAGAAAACAGGACACGAAUCCCAUAUUACUGGGGUUUUCAGGAUAGCAGGACUAUUUUCAGGAGCUGGAAGGGGGACAGUGUGAGAAACAGAUGAUCCAAAGAGGAGAGAGGUAUGUUUUGCCUGAUCCCUCAAUUAGGGUCUGGGUGCUACCCUCAGAGGAAGCCUAGUUCUUAAAGCAGAGAAGAUUCAGGUCCCAGAAGGGGGCAGCAGCAGGCUGUGGAGAGCUGGGAGUUAGGCGGAAGUCAGGCUGAAAAUAGCCAGGUGCUAAUGGCCAGGCCUGGAACAGAGAGCCAGAGGUGGAAGCCCGGGUGCCCAGUGCAGAGCAGCCAGCCCCAGCCCCAACCUUCUACAGGAGACCCCUCCCUAGAGCUGUAGAACUCUCCCAGACCUUGCUGGGUUCCUUGCCCUUAGGGGUGCCUUUCCUAAAACCUUGGGGACAAGGGAGUGCAGCUUCCAGUCUGAGGCCUGAUUUCUGUAGUGCAUUGCCUAGGUAUCAGCAGCUUCAGUUCUUCUAUUCCUUUCCAGAAGCAAGGACAACUCCUCCCCAUAAGUCGAAGCCCCAAGGAAGGGCAGGAGGCUUCCCUUCUUUUCCUCCAACCUCCACCACCCCCUCCUUAUCUUCCCAGCUUUGCUUUUUAGAAUUUCAGCUAAUUGUUUUAAAGGGUGGGGGUGGGGAGCCUGGGAACACAAACCUUUUAUAUAAUACAAAGCUUUGCUUCCCCCCCCAACCCCCACCUUUUCCUUUUCUUGGUUCCCUUCUCUCCUCUGAAUGGUUGGAGACACAUCAGCUGAGGGAGGAUGGGGAUUGUGAGAUAAGGUCCCUUGGUGCUGAUGAAAUGAAGGGGUCUGAGUUGUGGGCAGAUGCAGUUUCUCACGGGCUCUGGGGAGCCCCUCAUGUUGCUGUAUCCUGGUGAGCAGCCCGACCAAUAAACCUGCUUUUCUAAAAUGA